UUAAAUUUAUUUUUAAAAAAUAUUUUUGUCAAAAAAUGGAUUCAAGCUCUGACAAGUUGACAAAUUUUACUUGUAAUACAAGCCUAACUUCAACAGAAAGUGGAUUUGUUUCUCUAAAUGGACUUAAAACAAAGGGAGUUGGCAAAUUUCCUGUUGAUACUGAUUUAAUUUGUAAAAUUGAAGAGAGUAAAGGUUGGAUUUCUUAA